GCUGUUGCCUGUUGUUUGACAAAUUGGCACCUAAAAUCUGACGUUUCUCAGUUCUUUCAGACAUUUAAUUACAUCUAUUUUUAAUUUAGUAAAAUAAAAAAAAAUUAUUAAUUUGUUAUUGAAUUGUUACAUCGUGUGUAAAUAUGGAUGAAGAUGCGAAUAAAGUUCCUAAGUGCGUGCUUUGUAACGAGUCUUCUAAAAUAAGUUCAUCUGGUGGAACAGAAUUAUUAUCAACAAUUGGAAAAAAAGCUAUUCAGACACUGUCUGGAAAAAGUGAAAAACUGAGGGAUAAUAAAUGGAGAAAAUGGAUUAAAUUGACCAGUCUUUAUCUACACAAUAGUUGUCGGCUGAAUUACAUGAGAUAUCGAAUUCCAACAUUUAAUGAUGAACAGCUACCUGAUUUGGAUGGCCCAAGUACAUCAAGUACUGUUGACAUUAAGCCCUUUAAUUUUGAAGAAAACUGUUUAUUUUGUGGUGAAAAUUGGAAUCCAGAAACGGGCUUUUUAGUAGACCGCAAGUUCAUGGACAUCAAAAUAUUAUCUACGAUAAAAACGCUGCCUAAUAAUCAAAAUUUGAAGACAAGACUAUGCAACAUAGAUUCAUUAAUGACUUUAAAAGCAAGAUAUCAUUCAAAAUGUUUUGAAAAUACAUUUGAGCCUGAUAUUAAUGAUGAUGAAAAAUAUCAAGAGUCAUUUGAAAAUGUUUGUAAUCAUCUGGAAAAUAAUUCAGGUAAAGCAGUAACUUGGCGAGUAAUAAAAGACUUGAUGGGAGAUUUUUCUCUAGAAAUGAGAACAUUGUGUAGAAGACUCGAAUCAAAGUACGGUGAUGAUAUUUAUAUAUUACAUCGUAUGGGCUGUGCUCCACAAUUUUUUUAUAAAAGAAUAAAUUUGUCUUCUGCUUAUGAUAAAUGGAUGGUUGGUGACAAAGAUCUUGGUGAUGACGAAAAACAAUUGAUAUUGUCUGUUGCCUCUGAAAUAUUACGUAAAGAAAUAAAAGACCAGAAGUAUGACAUGGAUUCGUACAAAUCACCAAAUAAAUUUCUUGACUCGGUGCAGAAAGAUAUUCCUAGAACACUAUCAUUUUUUUUAGAAAAAUUAUUGUUUUCAACCAGUGAAGAAAGUAAUCGGGGCUCUGUUAAAGUUCAAAGCAUUGCACAUUCAAUUAUAUCAGCAGUACGACCAAGAUCAUUUAUAUCACAUUUACAGUUAGCUUUAUCGACUUAUAUUCAUAAAAAAACUGGCUCGAAAAGAAUCAUUGAUAUACUGUCAAAGCUUGGUAUAUGUUCAAGUUAUCGCAAGACUCAACUACUUGAAGCUUCAUCAAUUGUUGACGCACCAACACUAAACAUUGAAAACGAAUUUAUUAAAUUUAUUGAUGGCAACACAGACGACAAUGCCGGCAUUGAAUAAUAAAAUCGAAAUAUAUUUGAAACCCUAAGAAUUAAUAAAAAAUAAAAACUCUCUCAAUUGAAAAGUAUAUAAAUAUUUUUCUUUAAAAUUGAAAUAAUAUAUUGAAGUUUUUAUAAUAUGAAUUUUCAAUGUGCAUGUUUAUGUAUCGAACGUUCAAAUAACAAAUAAUUGUAUACUGGAAUAAACAAUAGUUGUUGAUUCACAAUCUUUACAAAUAGCAAAUAAAUAUACAAAUAGUAAAUAAAAAAAUAAUGUUGAUAAUGGAAAUCAAAUCAACAGUAUAA